GAUUUUCGGGCAGUGCGGUUGGAGGUCACGGAGGUCACGGGGGUCACGGAGGCGUUCUGGCGGAGAGAGGCGGUCUGGGUUCGGUGCUGCGAGAUCUGGUGAAGCCGGGAGACGAGAACCUGAGAGAGAUGAACAAGAAGCUGCAGAACAUGUUGGAGGAGCAGCUGACCAAGAACAUGCACCUGCAGAAGGACCUGGAGCUUUUGUCCCAGGAAUUAGUCCGUCUCAGUAAAGAGAAUCCUGGUGGUGGUGCUGCCGGGUCGGGAUGAGACUAUCGCCUGGAAACAUCCGUCCCUUCCCUUCCUUCUCACUACUGUUGAUCACCUCAGCUGGAGAGUUUGGGCUUGGCUCAGACUAACACCUGGAAACAACAUUUCUUCCUCUUUCAUUCCCUGCAUUUGUGACCUCAGACCGGUUUUGAAAGGUGUAGAAGAAGAAACUAAAGACAAGACGGGAAUGGAAAAGUUUGGUCAGCUCAUUUGUGUUGCUAUUGAAUGUACUGUAAUUAGACUGCACCACUCAGUUCCUCUGAGCCCUGGCUACAACCUGGAAAACAAACAUUGUAACUGACUGUAACGCUUUACUUUAUGCUUGUUUCUGUCCGAAGGUGAUUUCAGAAAAGCACCUUUAAGAUUCUAAUAUCUGGUUUAUGGGUCCGGGCUAUGUCCUGGAAAACAGUUGCCUGGUAAAACUGAAUGAUUUAUUUCAUUGUUUAUGUGCAGUAACUCUGUUGUGAUCUGGCUAUUUACUGGGCUUCCUGUCCGCAACUAAACGCUUCAGUAGUAAAUGCCCCGGGGGGUCUGUCUGUGACCUGGAUUGCAGAGAUUCAUAACCGACUGUAACUACGAUUUCAUUGACGUUUUAAGAUAAUCUUUCCCUUCUUCAAAACUGAAAUUUGACCCAAGAUUUCAGCCACAUUUCAUAAUAUCUCCUCAGAUGUAACGGAGAUUAUUUCAGUUCUUCUUCCUGAUGAUGAAAGCCAUGCAAUGUGACAGAAACCUAAAGUAACAGAUAAUAAGUUAGUGGAGCUGUUUGUUAAAUGGUAAAACGGUUUUUGUACAGCUUGGCUCUAUUUUCUUAUGUUUUUCUGCCAAAGUGAUUUGAUAGUAUGGCAUUUUUUUAUCGAUAUUGGAUAAACACUUGCCCCUUUUCAUCUCUUAGUAAGAUUUCCAUUUAUACAUGGCAGUUAGUCGAGCUACUAUAACUAGCUACAUCAACAAAUAAUCAGUGACCGAGAAAUGUACGAAAAGUCUGUAGCUUUGCAGAAAUAACAACUCUUGUUUCUCUAAACAUGAAACAUGUUAAGCUAUCUCCUGCUAACAACAUUCAACGCAAAUUAUAAUGUGCGACACAUUUUCCAGAAACUCACUUGAACUCAGUUAAUCAAUGUGUGGUCAUCGGCCUAGGCUAUGUCAUGGAGCAAAAACACUCAUAUGUUAAUUGAUUGAAUAUUGUUGUUGUGGUUGUUUCUGGGCCAUGGGUAUUUCCUGAACAUGUUUUGUUUGUUGGAAAGACACGUUUUUGUUUCCCGUUAUUAUGUGGAACUUUAACUUUUUUUAAAAUUUAUGUUCCAAAAUCUGCAAUGAAAAACAAAUCCUUGUUGGAAAUCCACCUCCGUCUCCUGUCACUGAUUACGUUUCAUUACAGGAAUGUGACAUGGCUCAGGCUAUUUGCUGGAUUGUAAAGCCUGUCCUCAUCACUGUAAUGCAUUUAAGACUUUGUGUUUUUUGGGGUUUUAUCCAAAAAGAAAGAAGUCAUAUAUGUAUCAGAAUAAUUAGAAUAUAAGUGCAUGCAAAAAUGACACAUUCACUAUUCUUCUGAUGUAUGAGAAUACAAUUAGGUAAAGAAAUUAGCUCUUUUUUUAAAGUCAGUCCUCUGGGGCGUCUGGUUUAUUUAAGUCUGGGUUGGAUAAUGAAAACUGAAAUGAUUGUCUCGUCUCUUUGUUUUGUUUGUUUUGUAUAAUUCUGCUCUCUUGAAUCACAAGAACUGUUUGUCUUGCACUAUUAAAGUUGUUGUGACCUGUUUCCAUCCCUACUGGGAACACCAAAUGGUGCAACAAAAAAAGUGAAACUGUCAGCCUGCUAUUCCAUGUUUUCUGUUGGGCUCAGUCUACUUCCUGCUUGAAACAACGUAUCUUAUUAUUUUGACUAUCUUGAAAUCUGUAACACAAAUGGAUGAAGUUAGACUUUUUAACACACACACACACUUCCUGUUGGCUCUACCUUUCUUUGCUACUCGGACCCUGACUACAUCCUGGACUGAACCUAUUGGACUGGCUGCUUCUGGUGACCGGGCUCUGACUAAAUCCUGGAUAUUAUGCUUGUAGCAUUAUGUUGUAACUGCCUGAACAUUUCUGCUUUAUUUUUUUGUUUGUACACGGCAAAGGAAUAUACAUUUCAGUCUGAACUUCUCAGAGCGAGUGAGAAAAACUCGACUUGUUUUCAGGCAGCUUUUAUUCAACCUCAGAUCCUUUAGACCCAAACUUGAAGGCAUUAUUACAUAUUUAAAUGAAGGUAAAUGUAGAGAAAUAUGAUCUUGAUGUCAUACUGUAAAUCAAAUUUUAAUGACUUAACAAUUAAGGUUUCAGCUGCACUGAAAACGCUUAAAAGUUUUCCCUCUUUCACUGAGACUGACUGAGCGGGAUCGGUCUAUGUGCUGGACAGUGACUCGGCACGUUGCUUUGUUUGUUUAAAUCUGUAUAUAUAUACACGCUGUGAUAUGACUUCUAACUGUGUGAAGAAUCAACCGAUCUAUUUAUGAGACUGAUGAUUAUGACGCUAAUUAUUGUGACAUGAGAAAAUAUGAUAUAAAAAUGAUUGUCUGGAGA